AACCGGAAAUGGCCAUCGCGCACUUGUCCAGAUAAACAACAUGGCGGCGCCCGUGCAGCGCCUCACGUCUGUUGGAAAAUUCCUUCUAAAGAGACAUUUAUUGACGACAAACUGUGUCACCAGGCUUCCAGCAGGGCCCAAAAGACUCUUGGCUACUCAAGCUGCUCAGCAGGUGGCGCUAAAUGUUCCUGAAACUAAAGUGACCACGUUAGAAAAUGGACUCCGGGUGGCUUCAGAGGACUCUGGGCUCACCACCUGCACAGUGGGUCUGUGGAUCGACGCCGGCAGCCGCUACGAGAACCAGAGGAACAACGGCACGGCACACUUCUUGGAGCACAUGGCGUUUAAGGGCACCAGGAAGCGCUCCCAGCUGGACCUGGAGCUGGAGAUCGAGAACAUGGGUGCUCACCUCAACGCCUACACGUCGAGGGAGCAGACGGUGUACUACGCCAAGGCCUUCUCCAAGGACCUGCCACGAGCUGUGGAGAUCCUGGCCGACAUCAUCCAGAACAGCACGCUGGGCGAGGCGGAGAUCGAGCGGGAGCGAGGCGUGAUCCUCCGGGAGAUGCAGGAGGUGGAGACCAACCUGCAGGAGGUGGUGUUCGAUUACCUGCACGCCACGGCGUACCAGUCCACGGCGCUGGGCAGGACCAUCCUCGGCCCCACCGAGAACAUCAAGACGAUCAACAGAGGAGACCUGGUGGAGUACAUCACCACGCACUACAAAGGGCCCAGGAUCGUGCUGGCUGCUGCCGGAGGUGUUUGUCACGACGAGCUCAUCGAUCUGGCCAAGUACCACUUUGGAAAGCUUCCGGGCAGAUAUCAGGGCGAAGCCCCGGCUCUCCCUGCCUGCCGCUUCACCGGGAGCGAGAUCCGAGUGCGCGAUGACAAAAUGCCCCUGGCUCACAUCGCCAUCGCAGUGGAGGCGGUGGGCUGGUCUCACCCCGACACCAUCCCCCUCAUGGUGGCCAACACGCUGAUUGGGAACUGGGACCGCUCGUUUGGAGGAGGCGUGAAUCUGUCCAGUAAGCUGGCUCAGAUGGCGUGCCAGGGCAACCUGUGCCACAGCUUCCAGUCCUUCAACACCUGCUACACCGACACGGGCCUGUGGGGCCUCUACACGGUGUGCGAGCCGGGCACCAUCAGCGACAUGAUGCACUUCGCCCAGAUGGAGUGGAUGUCUCUGUGCACCAGCGUCACCGACAGCGAAGUGGCCCGAGCCAAGAAUCUGCUCAAAACCAACAUGCUGCUGCACCUGGACGGAUCCACGCCGAUCUGCGAGGACAUCGGCAGACAGAUGCUGUGCUACAGCCGCAGGAUCCCGCUGCACGAGCUGGAGGCUCGCAUCGACGCUAUUGACGCCGACACCAUCAAGGAGGUUUGCACCAAAUACAUCUAUCAGCGGGCUCCUGCCGUCACUGCAGUCGGUCCAAUCGAGCAGCUUCCAGACUACAACCAGAUCCGCAGCGGGAUGUUCUGGAUGAGAACCUGAGCAGAACCUUCAUGUACAGCAGCCCCUCCCCUCCCCUCCCCUCCCCUCAGAGAAACAAUAUUUAAGACAGAUCUUUUCCUUGUGAGUUUUAUUCUAAAAUAAAGACCAACAUAAUAAUGUUGCAAUAA